GGGCCUCAGAGGGCCCGUGGUGCGCACCGACCGCGAGGGGACGGCGCCUCCCCUCCACUGGUGCGCGUUCCUCCGUCCCCAGCGCUUGGCCGGCAGCUCUGGAGCCCACGAAGCCGGACAGACCAGAACCCAGCGGAAACCGCGGCGCACCCCGCGCCGCCGACUUCCGGGAACGGAGGAGAGCAGGCCCCGCCCCACGGGCGUAUACGCCAUCUCCCCGCGUCGCCGCCGGAAGUGGGCUCGUGGGCGCGCCGGGGCCGGGAGAGCGAGGCGGCUGCGGGCGCGGGCCUGAGUGAUGCGCGGGCUGCUACCUCUAGCCGGCAGAAUAGUUCUGGUCGCGCUGCGCGGGGGCCGCGGCUGCUGCGGGCUCGGAAUGUUCUACGCCGUGCGCAGGGGCCGCAGGACCGGCGUCUUCCUCACCUGGAAUGAAUGCAAGGCGCAGGUGGACAGGUUUCCUGCUGCCCGGUUUAAGAAGUUUGCCAGUGAAGAUGAGGCCUGGGCCUUUGUCAGAAACUCCGUGAGCCCGGAUGGUGAAGGAGACUCUGUGGUUGUCUACACCGAUGGCUGCUGCUCCAGUAACGGGCGGAGGAGAGCACGAGCAGGAAUUGGCGUCUACUGGGGGCCAGGCCACCCUUUAAACAUAGGCAUUAGACUCCCCAGACGACAGACAAACCAAAGAGCAGAAAUCCAUGCAGCCUGCAAAGCCAUCGAACAAGCCAAGGCUCAGAACAUCAGUAAAUUGGUUCUAUAUACGGACAGUAUGUUCACUAUAAAUGGGAUCACUAACUGGGUCCAAGGCUGGAAGAAGAAUGGGUGGAAGACGAGUACGGGGAAGGAGGUGAUCAACAAGGAGGACUUCGUGCAGCUGGAGGAGCUCACCCACAGCAUGGACAUUCAGUGGAAAUUAUUGAGCUUGCAAAGAAAGAAGAAAGUAUGGCCAGAAAUUAAUAAAGAAAGAAAUUAAUUGAAAACAUUCCUGAAGAAUCCUGGGCAUCGAACUUAGUGGACAAAGGCUUUAAACCACUAUUUGCAAAAUGUUCAAAGAGCUGAAUGAAAUCAUGGGCAAAGGACACCAGAACCAGGAGGACCACAUGUCACCAGGUAUAAAAUGUCACUGGAGAGACAGGAGCAAACAGACAUUUUAGAGUCAAAAAGUAAAAUGAAAAGCUUCCUGGGAAAUUACCACAGCAGAUCUGAGCAGAAAGAAGAAAAGACCAGGGCACAGGCAUGCCAGUCUGAGGAGCUGAAGGAGAAGGGGAGGGAUAAAGUGAGCAGGUCCAGGAGACCCUGUCUCCACUGAGCUGAGGGCAGGUGCAUAGUGGGAGCCCCCCAGGGAGAGGAGAAGAGCAGGGGACAGAGUGUCCCAAAUUGGAAGAAAGACAUGAAUCCACAUGAACAAGGAGCUCAGCGAGCUCUCCUUAGGAAGAGUUCAGAUAAACCCACAGCCACACAUCGCAGUCUGACCGCCAAAGGCCAAGGCUGCCUCAGCACCUUCCCUUCCCCGAAGCGUCCAUGAGCGCUCUCCACACACCUGUUAAUGGCUUUGUAAAAUAUCAGAGCCAUCCUAGUGGACAUGAAGUGUACCUAAUUUUUUUUAUCUGCCUUCCUUUAAUGACUAAUGAUGUUGAGCACUUUUUAUGUAUUUAUUAAGAAAAUGUCAUAAACAGAUGAUUGGGGCAAAGCACCUCAUCCUCUGAUGGGGCCACUGUGAAAACACCCAAGUGGAUGUAGGGGGAGUGGGGGGGGACGGUCCCGUUAGCCCCACACCUUCUCUGCACACACAGGAGCUGGGAUCCUCUUCUCCUGCGGGCACAGUGGGUGGAGGAAGCUGAGUGGGAGCCCAGGAGGAAAUCCCACGGGGGCUCCCGGGGGGUGCUGAGCUCCCAGGGUUUACUGUCAAAUCAGAGGGCACUCCAGAAGCAGGUCUGCCUCUCUAGGAAGACAGGAGGAGGCCAGGAUAUCGCAAAAUCAGGAUGGGGAACUGGAAUCUGAGAAGCAGUUCACACAAUAAGGUGAAGAAAAUGCAGAAAGUUGAUAGAGAUUUCAACAUUACCAGAAUUAGAAUCUUCAUUUGAGGCAAUUAAAAGGGGCGGGGGGAAGCAGCCAUAAAUGGCACUACAGGAAAUUGGCAGGAGGACAAGAAACAGGGAACCCUCUCCUUGAAUUAACUGAAGGUGACGAAAAGUGAAGGUUGGGCUCAUCUAUGGAGAGUGGGGGAGAGACGGAGGCCCGUGGGAAAGUGAGCGGGCAGCUGAGAGAGGCCACAGACCUGUGAGAGGCAGUGGGGGGCUCAGCUGGACUCCAGGCCUCCCUGCCUCCUUGAGCAUGUGGCUUUGGGGUUGCUACCCUCCUGGUGACCCUCUGGUCUAUGAUGGUCACACAGAGGACACUCCUUCUGACCAGCUUUUAAUUCCUCCUCAGCCAUUGCUCCAGCAUUCAGUAUUCACAAAUGAUUUUGGCCGAUGUUACCCAAAGGGCACCACCUCUGUGACUCUGCAUUUGGAAAUCUCACUCCCUGACCUCUCCCUGCCUGGCCCUAGCGCCCUCCCCCAAUGCACAGCGAGCUGUCUGCCCCCCAUCAAGCCACUCCUCUCCCUCCCCAAGUUCCCCCUGUCCUUCCUGGGGCUGUAAUCCAGCCUCAACCAUUGCAGUCCACUCCCAACUUCCCUAAACUUUUGGACAUUUGCCUGGUGGCUCCUAAACAUCCCACCCUUCAUCAGCUGCAUUUCUGUGCCCAUGCAACAAAAGAGAAGAAAAGGCAGAACCUGCUGACCAGACUUGCUUUGAAGUCCUGGUGCAGAGCUGGGUGCCCACUGGCUGCCAGGCCGGCCUGUGGUACAGCUUCCUUCUCCGAUCUUCAGUGGAUCUGAUAGUGACCGUGGCCUGAGGUGUCCUGAUGGAGUGAUUCACUGAAACCUUCAGUGGUAAAAUAGUUGUAAACCCUUCCAAAGAGUACUGGUGUGAAAGUGAGUGGAUAGUUGGGGUGUUGUAGGAGCCUACCACCCACAUGCCCCUGGGCGAUGGAAAUGGGGCUCCCCUCUGGUGGGAUGGGCUGGCUGAGAAAUAAAACCUAGGAGAAACAGCAUGGCAAAAUAACCACAGAACACAGAAAGUGUUCCAAAGCCGGUGGGGGUGGGGCAGGACGGGCAAGCUGACCAGGCGGGUCCAGCUUCUAACACACAAAGGAGUCCUUCUUUGCUUUAUUUAUAUUGGAGAACAUCAAAGGCUUUCCAUAGACGGUUCUUCACCAAAAUAGGAUAAAGGUGGGGCAGGCAGGCUGCUCAGUUCCUAACUGGCUACACCCAUCUCCCAUGCUACUGUGCUGGACCUUCCUAACGCAGCACAGGGGAAGGUGACAUGCAUUAGGUGGUCUGUCUCCCUGGGGGAGCCACUGGAACUUCCCGGUGCCACACCUGUCAGAUUGCUAAAUCCAAGGGCCAAUUCUAGACGCACUGCGUGCCCCUGUGGGUACCGAGGCUGGGGCACACCUGCCCUGAAGCCUCCUGCUGGACUCCUGUCUGCUUUUUUCACCUUCUGAGCAGAUGCUUCUUCACCCCGUGUCCCUUCUUCCCAGUCACCCGGCCUCUGAAGAGCACCAUGUGCCACCCACCCAACUUUUCCAGGUGUCUUCCACAUGGCUGUGCGUCCCAUCCCUGGGUGCCAACCUGCACCUCGAAUCUCCCAAACUGAUGUGCUAGCCCGUGUCCACUCCAAGUCCACAUUUCCCACCUCUUCCUCAUGUCCAUGGGUUGCCCAAGUUUAGGUUUUGAGAAGAUCCUUCUGUUAACAUCAUGGAUUAAAAGAGGAAUAAGAGCAGAUUCAAAAAAGUCAUUACAAAGCUAAGAGAAUCCCAUGCAACCAGGAGAAAGAACAUGUGGUCGGAGUCAUCAUUAGUUUUUGAAAAGGUCAUAUUAGAUCUCACUUCACUAUAGAGCAAAAUAAAUCCUAGAUACAUUUGAUAAUAAAAUAGAAAAUAAAACCAUCGGGGGCUGGGGUUAUAGCUCAGUUGGUAGAGAGUUUGCCUUGCAUGUGUGAGGCUCUGGUUUCGAGCCUCAGCAGGAAAUAAAAACAAAUAAAUAAAGGGAUAUAGAUAUAGAUAGAUAGAUAUGACAUUAUAAAGAAAAUGAUCAAAACUCACAUUUAGGAGUAGGCUGCAUUCAAAAAUACAAUUUUAUAUUCAUUUAAGAAUUAUUUUUUCCAGAGAAUAUUUAAUAGCCCAGAAAGAUAAUAUUAAAUUAAUUGAAACUAAAAGAUGCAAACUUGUAUGUUGCACUUUUGUAUUCAAUAUUUUAAUUUGUUUCUAAAAAAAAUACACCAAAAUGUAUAAAUAUUUCUAGGUAAGUUGGGUUUUUAAAUUUUUUUUCUAUUUCUCUGAAGUGUUUUAUAUUUUUAAUCAAUGUUCACUUUACAACUGAAAAUUCACAUUAUUUCCUAAGAGGGUAAAUGACUUCUUAUAGUAUAAGGAAUGAUUACGCCAGGUAAGUAUAAAUUUUAUUGAUGAGCGUAUCCUCGCAUUAUCUAGCCAGGCUAAUGUACAGGUGAUUGCUUCUGUUUUAAAGGAGACUAAGAAAAGUUGAGGCCAACUCCUGUGAUGGACACUUAGCGGAGAUUCAUCAGGAUUCAGAUGAAUGGAGAGCCCUGGAUCAGGUGUCUGUUAGCUUUAGGAUUUGGGGUACAGUGGCAAAGUCCCCAACAACGAUUCUGUGGUCAAGGGUCGUGAACUAAGGAAUGCUGUGGGGAAGUGGAAGUUCCCCACCUUUGAGAAACUCAGGUCUCACUCCAAAACCAGUCUGCACUCGGAACACAGGCUGCUACUCAUCAUGGUGUGGAUUCAUCCGUAGUAAAGACAGAAUAAGAUUGUUGCUUAGAAUAAGAUCAUAAGGAAAAUUCUACCAAUAAGGAGAUUGAAUGUGGCUUUUCAAGGGCUUAGGUGGAGAGAAUACUAACAGGUUUAUUUUAGGUUACUCAUAUCUGAAAGAAUGAUUCCUCCUUGAAGCUGGGUCUGGGGCUCAGUGGUAGGGUGCUUGCCUAGCAUGUUGGGGCACCGGGUUCGAUCCUUAGCACCAUGUAUAAAUAAGCAAAAUAAAGGUCCAUUAACAAAUAAAAAAAUGUUUAAAAAAGAGAAUAAUUCCUCCUUAAAGUGAACUCUUCAGAGCCCACUGCCUUUCCCACGUCCUGGGCAAUAGGGAGCACGUGGACAGGUAAGGCAAUCAGGAGGCUUUGGGAUGGCCAGAUAAUAGCAGGCCAAUUGUAUGUUCUUCCUGAUGGGACCAGCAACAGACAGCCAUCGAAAACCAAUAACAGGCCCCUUCCCCACCUGCAGAACCUCUGCUGAGUAGCUUAGAGAUUCUGCCCACUGUGUCUGAUGUCACCUCUUUCCUCCUGAGGAGAACACUGGCUCUGGGUCACUCUCCCAGGUCUAGCCUAUUGCCCUGCCACAGAUUAUGUUCUGAUGGAUGUUAAUGCCUGUUUACAGAUCUGAUCACCAUGGCAACAGGGCCUUGGAAGUGAAAGGACAUGAUGCCUUUACAUCCCAGUCCUCAGUAGUCCAGCAUUCCUCCCUUCCACACUUGUCCCAUGAUGCACCCUGACGACUAACCACCCAGGCUUCUCAGCACCUGUUGACCAGGUCAGUUGGACAAGUUAAAAAGCUUUCCAAGGCCAGGAAUUCUGAUUUUUCAAAGCACAACUGCAACAGGAACUCUAGAAAUAGAAUUUAGGUAACUUGAAACUGCCAAGUACAGCAUAUUACCUAAAGUAUGGUGUGGCCACUGUCACUUAAAUGUGCUCCGGGUGGAUGUAUGUGUGUGUGUACAUAUAUAUGUAUUUAUAUAUUUUACUUUUAUAUAUACUCACAUAUAGAUAGAUAGAUAGAUAGAUACUUUAUCGUGGACUUCAGGAUAACUUUAGAUCAAGAUCUUUGAUCAAGAAAAGACCGGGCAAUAUGCACACAUAAUAGAAUUCUCUAAAAUUAUUUAUUUAAAAACAGCUACAACAAAAAGAAAUCUGUGGUUGGUUUGUUUAUUUAAUGGAAACUCAAAUUCCAGGAGCAUGAAAAACUUUAAGCCAAAACAAAAAUCAAUAAAUUUAAAAAAUGAAAGCAAACAAAAAUUUUGGAAGUACAGACUUGGCUUCCCGAGGUGCUGCCCUGACCUAACUCACAUCCUGUGACUCACUCCCCAAUUACUGUGUCGGUCUUUCUGGUCCAAAUUGCUGGGAGGAAGGGAAAUGCCGAACAGACUUCCGAAGCAAUUAAAGAAGAGAGUGAACAGAAUCUUGUAAAAGACGUGCUUUAAGAAAGAUGUGGUGUUCCUCAUCUCUCUGUUCCUGUUUCACAUCUGUGAUCCCUUCUUGGAAAGAAGGUACAUUUUUUUUCUCUAGUGGAUAAAAAGAUCUAAGCUACAAUAACUGACCACGUGGAGGACGCCUGGUUGUCUUCCUGAGGCACUGAAGGCCGCAGUGGUCCCUGUGGAGAUUGCUCGGCAUUAACCCCUCUGGAGCCGGAGAGAACAGCUGGCUGCUCUCCUGGGCAGGAGACUCAGCCAGUGCACCCAGCAUCCUUUCCUGAGGCCCCUCCCAGCUGGCCUCCAGGGAAGGCAGUCUGGAGACUGUGGAAUGCAGCACGGCACCCACAUCCAUCAAAAUACUUUUUGUGAAAUAAGAUAGGAAAUUCUGAAGUGAAAGUUCAGAUAAAUUUUUCUCACUGAUCUCCAAUUUUAAAUAGCCUCCUUAUAAUCCCUCAAUUGAUAGAUUCCAGAUAUUACCACAUGGGUUUUCCUCCAGAUCUUCUUUCGUUGUAUCAUAGGUAUGCCUUGUUUUAAAAGAUCCUGAGAGGACCUCAGAAAAUGCCGGAAACACUGACAGCAAGGAACCAUCUUUUUUAGAUAAAAUAUUUUCACAUAGCUCUUUAAAUAGAAAUUAUGAGUUUGCUCAACUUUUUUUUUUAUUAGUUGCUCAUGACAAUACGAUGAUCUUGACAUAUCAUACAUUUGAUUCAAAUGGGGUAUGAAUUCUCAUUUUUCCACAUGUACAGAUUGCAGGAUCACAUUGGUUAUACAGCCACGUAUAUACAUUCAGCAAAUUUUGGAAGUUCAAGAGUUCCCUUAGAUGCUGCUGUUUAACAAGGUACCUCCUGCCCGGCUCAUGGCAAACCUUAAUUCUUUAAACUAGAUCUCCUCCGUGCCUGUAGCUGGUGCUUGGACAUCUUAAAGUGACAUUUUCAACAUAACACAUUUGGUAUUUUUUUCAAAGCAGCUCUUCUAUUACUAGAAAACUUAACUAUCCUCUUCUAAACAGGAUUUCAAAUAUUCAGUUCUUUCUGGCCGAUUUCCUUACACAGCACCCCACAGAUCCAGGGAAGAGAGAGACAUGAUCAGGGACCAGCGACUCCUGUGCUCAAGUCCUGCAGGGUCAGGUGGACUCGAGACAGAGCCUGUUUGGUCAUGACCAUGGCUGGCCGUGAUCAAGGAUCUGAUCUCCUUUUUUACUUCUUAGCAGGUAUAAGUGCAACAAAUCAUAAAUCAGGUUGAGUUUACUAAAAAGCCCUGAAGACACAUACUUGCACUCUUUGGACAGUGUGGUUUCCUUGCAGACCCGGGAAUUCCAAACUGUUGGUAAGGCUUUCCAUGAGCGAUUUUUAAGGAGGAACCACACAGGAUUCUGCCUUUGGAUUUGGAGCCAGGCAGCCCCAGCCCUGCAGGCCACCCCCGUCAACAGAAGCGUCUGGGGCCU